AAUCGAAACCUCCACCGCCUGCUACGACGCACCACUCGGUCGGGUUUUGCCUAGGGUAUAUUCGGAUUAGGUGCGAACGCGCGCGCCCCGUACUUGCUGCUCGGGAGAUUUACUUUUUUCUUUUUUUUUUUCUUUUGACGGAUUCUCAUAUACACAUAAUACACAGAUUUGUGGUGACUGAUGACUGGUUUUGUGUAUUGUUACCUCUAGCCGAAGGAGCUUGUCGUUAGUUCUUUUUACUGAUAUUUGUACCUUCUUUUUUGGCACUUCAAUUGAUUUUGAACGAAUGUACUUGUUGUGAGCAGAGCUAAAGCAAGAGCAAGUUUGGUUGGUCCACAGUCCGGUCUUUUGGCUGCUAGUGGUAGAUGCUGCGCGUAGUUUGAGGUAAAGUGGUGAUUCUUAAGAUAAAUAAUUGAAGAGUGUAUUUUCGGCGAAUGUGCUAAAGUUUGGUGAAGUCACGGCUUGCCGCGAAAAAUCAGUGAGUGCUCACAUGCUGAGUUGAAUUGGUUUGUUUUAAUCCCAGUGCUCCGAGAGGGAACCGAAGACUAGUCCGUUGGACGGAGAAGAUCGCACCGGAUUUGGAUAAUAACACUCUCCGAGCCUAGGAAUUUCGAGUACCCAGUGUCAAGUGUCAAGAGCCAAGUCGGAUUAAGUGUCGGAUUAAAGCAAGUGAGAAGAAGAAGGAGAAGAAACACGGUGGAAAAAUAAAAGAUUUGAACGCUCGUUCUGAAAGCAGCGUGGCGAACCCUGAAUUCAACGGACCCAAAGAACACGUGCUACUUUCAUCAUCUUCGCGGUCCGUGUGCUACAUCCUCCAGCCAGAGUCCGGAUUCUAGAGUUAAGCGGCGUCACCAGCGGAAAAAAAUGAUGUCAUUAAACUAAACAUCCCCAACAAUCGAGAAUCGAGGGCAGUUUUCCACAAAAUGUGAACCAAAUCGGCUUCCGACUUCAAAGAACCAUCAAUUGCAGUAGGAGCGCAACAUUAUCAUCAAACGACGACCAAAGAGCACCAAAAAUCAAAUCCCAACCGAAGAAGAAAAAAAAACAAACAUAAAAGAAGUAAACAAAGAAGAAGAAAGUGGCGUUAAAACAAAGCGAAAAUCUGUGUUAGUUGAAAGUGAUAGUGGGCAUAAUUGGUAUCGGAAAAAAAAACCGGCCUCAAAUCUGGAAUCGCAAACGAUCGUCGACAUGCUGCAAAGCACGUUGGGUUCGGCUCAACGGUUUAAAAAGCGCGAGCGGACGCAAAAUUGGGCCUACGAGGAGAAGCACUUUCUGCUGGAACUAUGCCGGAAGGAUAUGCACAUUAUCGAGAACAAACGGUUGGACAGUGCGCUGACGUCGCUGAAGAACCGGGCCUGGAAGAUCAUCCACCAGCAGUUUGCGAUCGCGUUCGGCACCGAUAGGAACUGCAACCGGCUGAAGGAGCAGUGGCGGCGGAUGAAGGCCUGCACACGUGCCGAAAUGCUCGAUUACCAGCAGCGCAUCCAGCGAUAUGGCCAAGAGGUGGCGGACCGCAAAAAGCCCAGCCAGUUCACUUUCGAAAUCUGGGAGUUUAUGCAAGAGGCGAAGAAGGUGUGCAAAAACGAACUGAUGGACGAUGUGGACUACUCAAAGAUGAAACUAUCGCUGGAGGAGAACCUGCCCCAGGGCGUCUCGAUCAAGGACUGCAGCGACGAGAACGAUGAGGAGAGUUCGUCCGUGUGGGACAAGAAUUCACAGAACCUCUGCGAGGUACAGAUCAAGGAGGAUUCCAUGGAGGAAGGUGACGAUUACGACAAGAGUCGACCGGCAAAGUUUCCCCGACUGGGGGCCCUGCCCAGUUCGUCACCCUACUCGGCGGAAAAUGCACAUACCAAAUUCAACGAGCUGUUGGCGAGUAGCUUCGCCAGUCGACUCAACGAGCAUCUGUCCAACAACAAUAACAACAACAAAGUCGACGUCGAUAGCUACAGCCGAACGUUCGGCAGCGAUUCGAACGUAUCCGAUGUACCUGUGAACAUGUCUCAGAACGAUCUGAGCAACACACUGGAAGCGCUGAACAUCCUGAAGAACCGCUUCAACCGACUCAACGAGCUCGGCCAGUGGAAGAAUGCAUUCCACGAAGCGCAGAACCUCAGCACCAAUGCCAACAGUCACAACGAGCAUCAGCAUCAGUCACUUCCGGCCCAUCAGCCGCUCCCGGUGCCGCACCCAGUACCGAGGGAACAUCAGCAACCCGCUUCCCCGAUUCCGGCCAGUGCUAGUGCAACGAGCAGCAACAGUCAGCAAAAUGCGAUCAACAAGCUGACCGAACAGCAGCAGCAGAGCGAACACGAAUUGCGGAUGGAAAUACUAAAAACUGAUCUCGAGACUGCUAAACUCAAUAAAGAAACCGCAGAAAUUAACCGACAAAUUGCACUCCAAAAGCUAAACAGUCUGAACAGUUGAAAUAAUAGCCAAACGGCAGCCAGCCGAGGUGCGCACCAGACGCAGUACUUAAAUGCUAAUAGUAGGCAUAAUACAAUAAUUUCAACCCGAUCCAAGCAACCCUGUGUGUGCGGUGGACGCGAGCGCGCCGAGUUGAUCAAAGCUGGCUAAUAAUCAUGAAGCGAGCGAAAGAGUGAGUGCGAGCGAGCGAGCGAGAGAGUGAAAACUAGAGAUAUUGUGCAAAAUAGCUACCUCAGCAAGGCAGUCACAUUGCCGUUGCCACCAAAAACUAGGCUUUUCGCACCUUUUCCAACCUUUUCUGUUAUUAUUAUUAUUAAUAUUAUUAUUAUUAUUAUUUUGGCUUUUCCUUUGAAAUUGUAGUUUUUAUUUUUUUUUUAUUUCAAAAAAGACUAAGGUAUAAUUAUCACUCUCCUUUUUUGUAGAACAAAUUAAUUAAAACCAAAUCACCCUACCGCGGUAGGAUGUGAGUCGUGUGAGAAAGAGCGAUUGGUGUUAUUAUACUGAAAGCGGGGGGGCUCACACCCUGCACAAGUACACCAACGCUCUGGCACAAACACCACUGUAAUAUUAAAUUUAAUGUAUCUCACUUCGAAGGAAUAAUAAAUAUGAACUUAUAUAAAGGUAUAACUGAA